CUGUUUGUAUUUACUUCCAGACUUUCAAAAAACCCUUUGCUUCCCUCUAUUUAUAAACCCUAGUUUCCAGUUUCAUUCUACCACCUAAGACUUCUACUUUCUCUGUGUUAUUUCAGUGAGUUUUUGAAAUGAGAGGGAUGAAGUAUCUUACCAUUUGGUCUCUCUUUGCUGUUUUACUCUCCCAGCAGCUAUUUGCUUCCGUUACUUCCUUGAAGUUCGAGGAUGAGAAAACAUACUACUCUCCUCCCUCUGGAGGACACGGCGGUUACACUCCCACUCCUAACUGUGGAAGUCCACCUUACGACCCAACUCCUUCAACUCCAUCUCACACUCCAACCCCACACACACCAACUCACCACACGCCUCCCUGUAACUGUGGGACACCACCACACGAUCCUUCCACACCUUCACACCCUUCCACACCAUCACACCCUUCGACGCCUUCGCACCCUUCGACGCCUCCUUCUGGUGGAUACUACACAUCUCCUCCACCAAGUACUCCAGUCGUUGUGACUCCACCAACACCAAUCAUUGGAGGAAGCCCACCAACUCCUAUUGACCCUGGCACUCCUGGAACUCCUUUCGUUCCUACUCCUUUCCCACCAAUCACUGGAACAUGCGAUUACUGGAGAAACCACCCUACACUCAUAUGGGGUCUUCUUGGCUGGUGGGGAACCGUUGGUGGAGCCUUUGGUACAGUCAGUACUUCCAGUAGCAUUCCAGGGUUUGAUCCUCACAUGAACCUUCUCCAGGCACUUUCCAAUACCCGCACCGAUGCCAUUGGAGCUCUCUACCGUGAAGGCACAGCGUCUUGGUUAAACUCCAUGGUCAACAACAAGUUCCCUCUCACGACCCCUCAAGUCAGAGACCACUUUGUGGCAGGACUUUCCUCAACCAAGGCAGCAACUAAGCAGGCCCAUACCUUCAAGCUUGCUAAUGAAGGUCGUCUAAAGCCUAGAAACUAGAAACAAGAGAGUUUCCCAUUUAUGUCAGUCGUUUGUUGGUUUGCAUUAAAACAAUCUUGAUUAAUUAUCCUAUGCAGCGUGUGUGCUCAUUAGAGUUUUUAAGUAUCCUAUAGCUUCUAGUAAUAUUUAUGAUGGAUACUCCUUUUAUAUUUGAUGUUGUUUUAAAUUUUCUUGAUCUUAAA